AGCGUAAAGAAUAUCUUUGGUGCUCUAAAAAUUAUUCUAGUAUUUCUCAUCAUACGGGCAUUUUUCUUGGAAAUGAACUUGUUGAAAUUGUUGAAAAAAUUGGACCUGAAAAAUUAGCUGCUGUAGUAUUUGAUAAUGGAUCAAAC